AUAAACACCGUUAUCUAAUCUUCGUCUUCACCAUCCAUCAGCCGCACAGCUCCAAACAUAUCAUAACAUAUAGUUGAUAAAUGGCGAUCAACAUGAGGUUGGCCUCAAUCUGUACGGUCGCAGUAAUUGCGUUACUGGUUUCCGCUAACAACCUCGGCCGUGCUUCGGCCCAGAGCGCCACCAACGUCAAGGCCCGGUACCAUUACUACAAUCCGGAGGAGAACCACUGGAGCCUCGAUGAUGCAAAGGCGUCCUGCGCCCCCUAUUACGACAACCAGCCGCUGACAUGGAAAAAGGCGUACGGCUGGACUGCGUACUGCGCGGCUUCCGGUCCAACUGGGCAAGCUGCCUGCGGUAAAUGCCUGAAGGUGACGAACGUGAAGUCUGGGGCUUCAAAGACGGUGAGGAUAGUGGACCAAUGCAAACGCGGAGACCUGUCCUUGGACGCUCUGGUCUUCCGUGAUCUCGACACCGACCACUCCGGUUUCGUGCAGGGCUACAUAACCGUGAACUACCAGUUCGUCAGCUGUUAAAUCUGAUCACGCGACGGACGGCCUUGACGCGCAUGAAUAACUAGUGUGAUGAUCGAUCUGAGCCGGAUUGUUCUACCAAUUAUUGUAUCCGAUGGUAAUAAAAUUCAGGGACUAUGUUGUAUUUAAGCGUGUGAAACGUUCGGUUUGCUUUUUACUGUUGAAUAUAUGGUGUUUGUGUGUGUCUAA